GCGCGGGAGACUGACUGUCUGGUAGACUACCGCCAACCCCCACCCUUCUCUCUCUCUCUCUCUCAAAUCUAUCACCACACAAUGUGGAGAGGAAGUUGCAAUUGAGGAGCAUGCAUGGAGAUUGCAGCAGCACCAUUCAUCCGUAAUUUACGGUGGUGCGACAAUAUCAUCAGCAACUCCACUACUUUCCAGUCUUGUAUUUUCUACUUCCUCUCUUUAGCUUAUGCUCUCGUCUCCUUCGUCGCACUCUUUCAAUUGCUAAGAAUUGAACUUAGAGUACCUCAAUAUGGAUGGACUACGCAGAAAAUCUUUCAUCUCAUGAAUUUCAUCGUCAACGGAGUGCGUGCUCUGGUUUUUGGAUUACACAAGCUAGUUUUUCUUUUGCAUCCUAAGGUUUUCAUUUUGGUACUAUUAGAUCUGCCAGGACUACUGUUUUUUUCAACAUAUACUCUUUUAGUUCUUUUUUGGGCUGAAAUUUAUCAUCAGGCAAGGAGUUUACCAACUGAUAAGCUCAGGAUAAUUUAUAUUUCAAUUAAUGCUGCCUUGUAUAUUAUCCAGAUUGGUAUUUGGAUAUACCUCUCGAUAGAUGACAACAGUGUUGUGGAGUUCUUUGGAAAGAUAUUUAUUGCAGGUGUGUCAUUUGUGGCUGCACUAGGCUUCUUGCUCUAUGGAGGAAGAUUAUUUUGCAUGCUGAGGCAUUUCCCAAUUGAAUCUAAAGGGAGAAGGAAGAAACUUCAUGAGGUCGGAUCUGUUACAGCCAUCUGUUUCACCUGUUUUCUACUACGAUGUGUUAUGGGUUUUUUGUCUGCAUUUGAUUCAGAUGCAUCUCUUGAUGUUUUGGAUCAUCCUAUUUUGGACUUGGUCUACUACAUGCUGGUUGAGGUCCUGCCUUCAGCUUUAGUCCUCUACAUCCUGCGCAAAUUGCCCCCGAGGAGGAUAUCAGCACAAUAUCACGCUAUUCACUAGCUGCAGUUCAUUGUUAAUUUGCUGAUUGGAUGAUUUUAAUGAUUCUUUGUUAUAUACUUUGAAGUUCAAUUGGAGAAACAGAUAAAGAAAAAGGAUCUCAAUAUAGUCUCACAGCAGCCGUUCUUACUUCUUACAAGGGUGAUACUCAACAACUCUUGCCUGGGAAAUGAUAAUUUAAAUUCAAGUUUUGUAGGGUGGAGGACAUGCCAUGACAAGUCACAAGAGCCAGUGACUUUCUGCACUCAUUUUUAUAUUAACCAACCCCUUGCUUGAGGGGUCGGGGUAUAUAUUAUCAUUAUCAGGGAAAAUGCAAAUUUUUAUAUAGGCUGAUUGUUAGUUUGAGGUACAAGUUUGCAGUGAUGCAUCCAUUUCAUGAUGCAAUAAUUUGUUUGAAGUUUUUGUAGGUACUUUGCCUCUGACCCUUGUUUAGUAAUAUAUAAUUAUAAUAUAUAAUACAAAUCCGUGCAUAA